CACAACUUGUUAAUGAAGAUUAUUUAACGUCCACAUUAUUAUCAUGUUUUGUUAAUGCACGACUUGGUAAUGAAGUUUACCUUUUAUUAAAUCGUCCUUGUGAACUUUAUUUACCAAUCGAAGAACGAAAGGACCAAGGAAAGGUUUCGGGUAUAACUGGAAAAUCUUGGGAUGAGGAACCGCGCGAAGUAAGAAAAUACUUUGGAAUAUUAGAGAAACUGGCUGCUGAGAAAUUUAAAAUGAGUAUCACUAAUCAAUACCCAGCUCCUAAUAAUACAAUUUAUCAAAACCCUGAAGGCAUUUAUCAAAACAAUAAUUAUCUUGUUCAUCAAAAACCUGGAGAAAUUUAUCAGGGUGUUGGUUACAUUCACCAAAACAUGGUUCAUAAUACAAUUUAUCAAAAUGUCUGUGAUAAUAAUUACGCUCAUCAAAACAUGAUCCAUAAUUAUCUUAUUCACCAAAACUCUAGAGGAAUUUAUCAAAACAUUGGUAAUAAUAAUAAUAACGUUCACCAAAACAUGGUCCAUAAUACAAUUUAUCAAAACCCUGAAGAUAUUUAUCGAAAUGUCGGUGACAAUAAUUAUGCUUAUCAACAAAACAUGAUUCAUAAUUAUCCUGUUCAUCAAAACCAUGGAGAAAUUUAUCAUAAUAAUAAUUACGUUCGCCAAAAUAUGGUUCAUAAUACAGAAGACAUUUAUCAAAAUGUCGGCGAUAAUAAUUACACUCAUCAAAACAUGAUUCGUAAUUAUUUCAUCCAUCAAGGCCCUGGAGAAAUUUAUCAAAAUGUCGGUGAUCAUAAUUACACUCAUCAAGGCAUGAUUCAUAAUUAUCUCAUCCAUCAGGGCCCCGGAGAAAUUUAUCAAAGCAUCGGUAAUAAUAAUUGCGUUCACCAAAACAUGGUUCAUCAAAAUCAUAAACAUGAGGACGUUUAUCAAAAUGCUG